AUGGAGUCGUCCCUGGGGCGACCUGGUCCCGAGGUGGACACCCGAGCUCUAGGGAGACACCAGUCCGCGGUCUGCAGCGGAAGGCCCUGCCUUACGCCCUCUGAGCCACCCUCAGACCUCAGGCUGUCCAAGAAGGAAGAGGCCGACAACGUUGGGGGCGCGAGCCGCCACCCCAGGGCGUCUCUGAAGACUUCGAGCUGCAGCGUAGACCACCGGUCGGAACGCGAGGCUCGGGAGGAGGACGAGCCUAGGCCUCAAGCGACGCCGUCUGUUACUGGGAGCCGCCGAGGAGCUCCGGGUCAUUGCCAGGACCCUAAUCCAGCGGAGGUCGAGCCUGCUUCCGAGAAGGUCUGCCGUCGAGGGAUCCCCGGAGCCAGCGGGGUGAACGCUGAGCAGGAGGACGAAUACCAAGAGGCUGCGGCUGCCGGUAGGACUGGCCGCUCGUUCUCCAGCCGCCUCCAGGACAGCCGUAGCCUGGACGGGCUGAGCGGCGCGUGCGGCGGCGCCGGCGCAAGCGGCGGGCGCCGCGCCACUAUCUCUAGCGCGCUGGAGCUCGAGGGCACCGUGAGCCGCCACGGCGACCUCACCCACUUUGUGGCCAACAAUCUACAACUCAAGAUCCGUCUGAGCGGCGCCCCUCCACCCUUGCUUCCUGCCCCUGCGCGGCCCUGUCCCACGCCCGCACCCACUCCGGCCAUCCCGCCCAUAGACCCCGAUGUGCUUCGGGACCUGGAGCGUCUGAGUCGGGAGCUGGGCGGCCGGGUGGACCGUCUGCUCCGCGGGCUGGGUGGAGCGGUGCAGGAGCUGACAGCGCUAAGCGUGGGCUGCAUCCAGACCUAUCGCGACGCCGUGGACUCCUUAGGUGAAGCUGUGGAUAUGAGCAUCAAAGGCAUGUACACCCUGCUGGCACGCUGCGAGGAGCUGGAGCGGGCCCUUCAGCCGGUUCAGGGACUGGCGCGCCAAGUCCGAGACAUCCGACGCACACUGGAGGUGUUGGAGGCACUGUGCAAGUGA